AUGGCACCUUCUGGAAUGUCGCUCCUGGCGAACAUCGCCGGUGCUUCAGCCUUUGUGCUGCCCCUCUUCGGCCAGACUCCAUUGCCAAUUGGAGCUCUCAGUUCAGGCUUCACCUGUGAACUUCCUCCUACUCUUGAUCCUGCCAGCGAUGGCCUGCCUUCAGCAACGAGCCUAUUUUCAUCGGACGAGGCAUUGGAGAGACAGGUGAAGCGUCACCAGGCUAUUGUUCGGGUUCCCUCGGUCUCGUACGAUGACCUGGGCGAGAUCGGUGAAGACGAGAGAUGGGAGCCCUUCUACAAGCUGUUUCCCACAAUCGAGAAGACAUACCCUACGCUCCAUAACCGAGCAAAGCUAGAGAAGAUCAAUACCUUCGGGCUGCUCUACACCCUCGAGGGCUCCGAUCCCUCUCUAAAGCCGACGCUCCUUACAGCACACCAGGACGUCGUCCCCGUCGCCGAUGCAUCCACCUGGACGUAUCCCCCGUUCGAAGCACACUUUGACGGCGAGUACAUCUGGGGCCGCGGUGCAUCCGACGACAAGAACAGUCUGACGGGCAUCCUGUCUGCCGUGGAGGGUCUUCUUUCCGAGUCGGAUUGGACGCCCAGACGGACUCUGCUUCUCGCAUUCGGAUUCGACGAGGAAGUCGGUGCCGACAGGGGUGCUAAGCGGAUUAGCGACGUGCUCCAGGCAAGAUACGGGGACGACAGUGUUGCUGUUAUCCUCGACGAGGGUGGGUUCGGAUCUGAGCCUCUCGAUGAUAAAACUAUUUACGUUCAUCCCGCCAUUACCGAGAAGGGCCAUAUCAACCUCCACUUUGAGCUUCAUGCCAAGGGAGGACACAGCUCCGUUCCGCUGCCGCACACGGGCAUCGGCAUCAUCUCUGAGAUUGUUAUCGCUCUUGAGUCAAAUCCGUAUGAACCUGUGAUCCUCGAGAACAGCCCCAUUCACAAGCGUCUAGUCUGUCAAGCGCGGUACUCACCCGGCACACAGCCAAAGAUCGAAACGCUCCUGAAAGAGCAUGACUUCGAAGGUCUCGCAACGGAGUUUGCCAACACGACCCCAUUCAACCGAUUCGUCGUUCAGACCUCGCAAGCCGUUGACCUGAUCGGAGGCGGCGUCAAGAUCAACGCCAUGCCUGAAGUCGUCACGCUGUCCGUUAACUACCGCGUUGCACACCACCAAAGGCCCGUAGACGUCCAAUACAAGGCCAUCCAGGUGAUCGCCGACGUUGUCAAGAAGUACAGCCUUCGAGUCGACGCAUUCAGCGGCGACAAGGAGUACCAAAACUACGUUGCAGAGCUCCAUUCCGACGAAUCGCUCUACCGCAGCGACCUCAAGCGCCGCGAUGUGGUUGACUACAACGGAACCCUCGUCGUCAGCGCCUUCGGCAAGGGCGAAGCUGCUCCCAUCUCGCCUACUGACAAUGCAGUGUGGGAGAUCUUCUCCGGAACAAUCCGGCACGCUUUUGGCUCGGAUGGCAAGACUGUUGUCCCCGUUGGAGACAUCAUGACCGGUAACACGGACACCACGCAUUAUCUGAGCCUUUCUCGCGAUGUAUAUAGGUGGACGCCGGCUAUUGGCCGGGGAGGAGACAACAUCCAUACUGUCGAUGAGCGUCAUUGCAUGCUCCGCCCCGCCCUAUCGCUCUUCUCCCGCCGCUUCCCCUCCCCCGCACCACUGGCCCUCCGAGUCCGAUCCUACCACCGCUCCGCAAAGAUGGCGCUCAAGGCACUCAACUCGAAAGACGCUGCCUCGCUGGACGAGGACCUCAUGAGCGUCGGCGGCUUCUCGCUCGACCAGUUGAUGGAGUUGGCGGGGCUUUCGGUCUCGCAGGCUGUCUACCGCGUGCACCCCCCAAGCGCAGGGACGAACGUGCUCGUCAUCUGCGGACCCGGGAACAACGGAGGCGACGGCCUCGUCGCAGCCCGACACCUCGCCCACUACGGCUACAAGCCGACAAUCUACUACCCCAAAGAAGGCAAAAAGGAGCUCUACACGCGGCUAAAGACGCAGCUCUCGGCGCUCUCAAUCCCCAUCAUCUCCUCAAGCGCCGACUUCCAGUCCGCGCUAAAGACCACGUCGCUCAUCGUCGACGCAAUCUUCGGCUUCUCGUUCGGCGGACCGCUGCGCGACCCGUUUCCUGAAAUCAUCGCGGCAAUGGAGAGCUCGUCGAUUCCGGUUUUGGCUGUCGAUGCGCCGAGCUCGUGGGAUGUUGAGAGUGGGCCGCCGGAGGAGGGGCCGGGGAGUAAAUUUAUGCCGGAGUAUCUGGUUAGUUUGACGGCGCCGAAGCCGUGCGUGAAGUUUUACAGGGGGAGGCACUUUGUUGGUGGAAGGUUUUUGACUAGGGAGGUUGCGGAUAAGUAUGGGCUUACUGUGCCGGAGUAUCCUGGCGUUGAUCAGGUUAUGGAGGUUGGGGUUGAUGCAGAGGGGAGGCUUUAG